GUUUUGUCUGAUACCUUCGACUAAAAGCAAAUCCCAUCUCUCAAGAAACAACAGGAACAAUCGAAUUUAAUAAUAGCGUGGGAUAGCAUAGGGGACAAGUGGGAUAAUGCGAUGUAGAUUUGCUAAGAUCUUUCAGUAUCUCUUCUUCAGUCUUUUACUAUAUUUCUUCCUUUACUAUAUCCACUUCCUCCACAUGACCAAAUAGAACCAUCCUUUAUUCCUUAUAUAUUCGCUUUUACAACCUUUUUCUUAGUUCGAUUCUAUUUUGAAACAGAGACCCAGUAUUUGUAUUCUUGGUAAUAGAAAUGGAGAAAAUGGCAGAUGAGUUGCAUGUUCUUGCUGUGGAUGAUAGCCAUGUUGAUCGGAAGGUUAUUGAGCGAUUGCUGAAGAUUUCUUCUUGUAAAGUGACGGCUGUGGAAAGUGGAAGGAGAGCUUUGCAAUAUUUGGGUUUAGAUGGAGAGAAGACCUCUGUGGGGAUUGAUGGUUUGAAGGUAAAUCUGAUACUGACAGACUAUUCUAUGCCUGGGAUGACUGGAUAUGAACUACUCAAAAAAAUCAAGGAAUCAUCGGCAUUGAGCAAGAUCCCCGUUGUUAUUAUGUCAUCGGAAAAGAUUUUACCUCGCAUUGAUAGAUGUUUGGAGGAAGGGGCAGAAGAAUUUCUGCUGAAGCCUGUUAAGCUGUCUGAUGUUAAACGUCUCAAAAACUUCAUACUGAGAGGCGAGGGGGAUAACGAAGAAACAGAUAAGAGGAUCAAAGAAGGAAGUUCAAGAAAGAGAAAAUUUCAAGACGAUUCAUUGACACAGUCAGUGCCAUCUUCUUUAGUUACAGGCCAUGAUAUUCAAUCAACACCAGAAUCUUCAGCAGCAUCAGUAUCUCAACAGCCUCUAUCAAAGCAACCCAAGAUCGGGUAACAACAGAGGAUAGAUUAUGAUACAUAAUUUUUUGCUCUCUAAUUGACCAGCCUCGGACAUUAAUCUUUUGACACCCUAUGAACUUUCUUUUGUGUGUAUACCAUCUCAUAGUUGUACAUGUUUUGCUCCUCCAUUUUGGGCCUUUUUUGGGAAGAGAAGUGAGCUCUAUAGAAAAAGUUGGGAAAUUCACAUGAUUUCCUAUUUGUUAUUUGUUUCUUUUGUAACAAACCCGUGAUAUUGACAUUUAACGCUAUGGCAUUGCCUUCUUAGCAACCAAAUCUUGUUGUUUAACUUCUGUUUUUUUUUUUCUUCGUGCAUUUGUUUGUUUGGUUUACUCUUAGGCUGGUCUUUUUUGACAUUCACCACCAAGAGUAGAGUGUAGUCUAGUGAUUCUGGUGGAGUUUUUCACAUAAUAAGUUUGAAUUGAAUUC